GGCGGAAAGGGCGGGGCGCGAAGCGGAAGUGCGUCAUCUUUUCGGGGCGUGGAACCCUCGGUGAAAGACUUGAGGCCUCCUCAUCGACGCCUCGAUUAGAAGCCGGCCGGCGAGUGAGAAGGAAGGUCGGGAAUACUCGGAGUGACCAUGGCAUCCCCCUCAGAAAAAGUCUUCCUGAGUUAUGAAGAAACAGCGGGUUCGAAACUGCUCCGAAAAUCGAAGGAAAUGCCCUUCGUCCCCAUAGGUCUGGCGGGCUGUUUCGGCCUGGCCGCCUACGGCAUCUACCGGCUGAAGCACCGAGGAGAGACCAAAAUGUCCAUCCACCUGAUCCACACCCGGUUGGCCGCCCAGGGCUUUGUGGUGGGCAGCAUCGUUUGUGGCGUAGUCUAUUCCAUGAUCCGGGAUUAUGUUAGGAAGCCUCAGUCGUCUUCAGAAACCCGUUGAAACUCUCCAGUUCCUCACUACCACAGGGAUAGUUUUCCACACUGCGGUGAAGGGAGAAAAAAAAACAAUUUAAUUAUACCUCUUCCACACACAACCUUCCCUGCCACCAAUUUCCUUUGGGUGUCACAAAAAUCCCUUAUUUUUUAUUUUAUUUUACUUUCAUUUGCCCAAAACUACGGAUUGAGUUUUCUUCCUUCGCUGCCGUUUCAACCGUCUGCGUUGGCACUAUGUGAAAUCGAGGCAAUUCCAGAUUUUUCUCUUUCACAGAUAACUUUUUUGGGGGGGAAAAAAUCAAAUUGUGACACUCUCCACUGUGUAUAUUUUCCGCCCAAAAUUGAGACAUUUUUCCCUGCUUCCUUCAGAAAUGAAUUUAGGCCACAAAUCAUCAAUCCGCCGAUACAAAAAAUUUGCUUUUUAAAUCCAUUUCUGGGGAAGGUGGAUAAGUUGUGGUGUUUUUGUCGCUUGAAAUUGUGUCGCCCUCCUGUUAAAUGUGCUUUUUUUGGGACACUGGUGCCCAUGCACACCAGAAAAACCACAACAUUGUGACUGUGAGAGAAAUGAGGAAGAAUUCUAACUCUUCAGCUGUCUAUCAAGCUAUUUACAAUUGUAUUUAUUACACCUUAUUAAAACCGUAGAUAUUUAAAUUAUUUAGCAAAAAAUAUAUAUGUGACCUUAAUAUUUUUAUGUGUCCAGUCUACACGUGUGUGUGUGUGUGUGUGUGU